AUGAGAUCCCCGGAAGCCGUGGAGAGGCCAACUUUGUGUGGAAGUGCAAGCUCUGUCAGGUUUGUCGCAGUGAACUUCUUCCACGUCCUGUUACUGAGUGACCUUAUACAGAAAACCCACUCGGCAUCUAUCAUCGCCGGUCCUAAUGCGUACGCGGCGGAGGACAAGCGCAAAGGCCAGAAGAUCAUUGAGAUCGACUGCCGCGGUCUGGAGUUCACCGAGUUCAAGCCUGAUGGCGAGUGGGAGGCCAAGGGGGUGGAGUCUUCGACGCCGUUCACGGUCACUGACUUGACCGAGGGCGAAUGGUACGAUUACGACGAAAAGGCCGGGGACGAGGUUUCUAUCAAGGAGAUGACCUGGGAGGUUGGCAGAGCUUGA